AUGGAAAACGAGGUGGAGGCAAAGGAAGCUGAGGCACCACCUCUAAUCAUGGAAAUAAACGAUGAAAAUGACAUGGAAAGCCUAAAGGAAAUGAGCCACAAGAGCUUGGUGAUUGUCGAUUUCUUCGCAACAUGGUGUGGUCCCUGCAAAUCAGUGAAAGUAGCCUACGAGAAACUCGCUGAACAAGAAACUGAUGUCAAGUUCGCAAAGCUUGACAUCGAUAUUUAUGAGGAUGCUCCGUCUGAUUAUUCGAUCGUCGCCAUGCCCACGUUCAUGGCGUUUAAGAACGGAGAAAUGGUGGAUUCCGUCAUUGGUCCACACAUCGAACAAGUCAAGCAAAUGGUGGCUCGCCUAAAAUGA